AUGAGUUCAGGUACGAUAUACCUGAUCUCGUGUAACAAUUGCGGAGAUGAAUAUAUUGGCGAAACGGGCAGACCUUUGUGUAUCCGUAUAAAAGAACACCUAGAUGGCAAACGAAAACUAAGACGAAGCACCCCACUAGGCACGCAUAGGAUACAAAAGCAUAGCGGAGACGAUUUUGAAGUGAAAGUCAAUAUCCUUGCACAGCAGUCCAAAACACCAGCGCGAAAACUCCUUGAGGCUUUUUGGAUCAAUGCCAAAAGCCCUACAAUGAAUAGCAGGGACGAAUGCCCGGAGAUCAUACGCGACCUGAUCUCGUACGUCCUUCUUGCUUCCAGAUUUGAUGCUUCGUUGCCAAAAUAUCAGAUGCCAUUUUUCUGGAUGAGUACAGGAGUACCUGCAACACCAUCAUGGGCGAUGAUCGUUUGUCUAAUCGAAUGCGCCUUUGGUUUCUUUUCAUACUUACUGAAUAUACUCCAUUACAUUCUAAAUCUCACUAAUUGUGAGGAUACACGUUUACCGUUACUCAUUUUCUUCUUGACUGUUGGACAAUAUUCGUUAUUUUAUUCGUUUAAGGUGCUUUUUGUUGUUGCCAUUUUGGAACGAAGAGCACGUUUGCUACGUAUACAGCUGUUGUUUCAAUACACAACAUGCGUAUUUCUACUACUUGAUGCUGCUUUUGCUUUGGCAGCAGAUCUCGGCGGUUACAACGAGGAGGCGAUUUACUGUCAGAAGAAUCCAUCAUUAAUUCGAAUAGUGGCAAUAGCUUCGUUGAUCUUCUUAUUCGUCCAACUCUAUCUGCGAGCGAUGACUGUGCAAGUCUAUAACUUCAUUUCAGACACAAGGAAGUUCAGAAAUGCGCUAUCUAGUGCGAGAUCUCGUUACAGAAAACGUGUCUAUUUUUCUUAUUGUUCUCUCAUGCAGGAAGAUCUCAAAAAGGAAAAUGAACGGUUGCAGAAGAAACAAGAAAUUGGUAGGAAGAAUAUUCGAGAGAAACAAGAGGAAGCGUUCAAGAGACUACAGCUGAAACAAAAUGUCACGCAUAUUGUUAUCGAGAACGAAUUAUCACCUACGGCGGCGCAUGAUCCAACGCCUGAAACCUCAACUUCCUCCCAUUCGACAGUGGUGAGUUCGAGGAAUUCAUUUAAUUGUGAGGUUACUGUUGACUUAACGGAGAAGUCUAUAGGAACGGAAUUGCUGAAUGUGUAUAAUGCACAAGAAAGUUGA